GGAGUGGAUGGAGGGGGGGGAGUGGAGCAGCGCCGGGGAGAGAGGCGAGAGCGCGCGGCGUGUCGGAGUGCGUUUCCACGUGCGCUGCGCGGAUGCUGAAUCGUGGCUGUGCGAACAACAACAGCAGCAGCAGCAGCAGCAGCUUUACGGCUUUAGGCAUCAGGCAUGUCCAAUCCGGCUCACGACCCGUUCUACGCCUCUCCGUUCGGGCCCUUCUACCGGAGACACGCGCCUUACGCCGUGCAGCCCGAGUACCGGAUCUAUGAGCUGAACAAGCGGCUGCAGGCCCGGACUGAGGAGAGCGACAAUCUGUGGUGGGACGCCUUCGCUACCGAGUUCUUUGAGGAGGACGCCACGCUGACCCUCUCCUUCUGCCUGGAGGAUGGACCAAAGAGAUACACGAUCGGACGGACCCUGAUCCCUCGCUACUUCAGCACGGUGUUUGAGGGCGGAGUCACAGAUCUCUACUACAUCCUCAAACACUCCAAAGAGUCGUUCCACAACUCCUGCAUCACCGUGGACUGCGACCAGUGCACCAUGGUCACGCAGCACGGCAAGCCCAUGUUCACCAAGGUGUGUACAGAGGGACGUCUGAUCCUGGAGUUUGCCUUCGAUGACCUGAUGCGGAUUAAGACGUGGCACUUCACCAUCAGGCAGUACCGCGAGCUCAUCCCACGCAGCGUCCUCGCCAUGCACGCUCAAGACCCUCAGGUUCUGGACCAACUCUCCAAAAACAUCACCCGAAUGGGUCUGACUAACUUCACGCUCAACUACCUCAGGCUGUGUGUGAUCCUAGAGCCCAUGCAGGAGCUCAUGUCCAGACACAAGACAUACAGCCUCAGCCCCAGAGACUGUCUGAAGACGUGCCUGUUUCAGAAAUGGCAGCGUAUGGUGGCACCUCCAGGACAUCCACAGAACUUCAAAACGGAAAUCUUCCCCACAAAUCACAAGAAAGAGCCUACUCGACAGACCACAACAAAGAGAAGGAAGAGGAAGAAUUCCGCCAGCAGCACAUCUAACAGCAGCCUCGGCAACAGCACAGGCAGCAAGAAGCGCAGUCCAGCCAACAGCUUCAGCCUGAGCAGCCAGGUACCUAGUGGAGAGGAGGAGUGGGAGUUCGGAGGCCUGCACGCGAGCCCUCGUAUACCACCAGGAGACACGGAGGGAAAGAGAGGAAGAAGGAGAGAGAGGAAGAAAAACAAAAAGAGAGAGAGAAAGAAUGACGUGAUGGUAGUGGGCGAGCCCACUCUGAUGGGCGGCGAGUUUGGCGAUGAGGACGAGCGGCUGAUCACGCGGCUGGAGAACACGCAGUACGACGCCACCAACGGCCUCGACGACGACGAGGACUUCACCAGCUCGCCGGCGCUCAACAACAGCAGCCACUGGGCUAAAGCGCCGCCACCGGGCCAGGACAGCAAAACCGAGAGCACGGCCUCGCAGGCCUCACAGUAACCAGACACGGUCCUGUCUUUCUCUCACACUCACUCUCUUUCCGUCUCCGACUUUACUUUCAACCCCGACGAUCUAGUUCCCAUUUAUCUCACGGCGUCCGCGGCGUCCGUUUUUCAUCACAGACUUCCAGCGAUACACGGCUCCCAGAAGCUGAACCGGUGCCUGGUGAAAGGAAGUGGAUAUUUUCCACACAAGAAAAUAAAAGAUGAGCGUGAGAUGUUCAGCUGAUAAACUGUAGGUGGUCAUUGAGGUAGCAAUACAAGUCUCUUGUCUGGACCAAUCAGUGAAGAGAUGAACGCGGUUGGACGGAGAGCCACUGAGAUCUGACACGCAUUUGCGUUUAUUUCAAAUUCCUUUUUUUGUUCCUACACAACAAAAGUCCUUAAAUCACAUCCUUCUACAUGCUAGUAUGCGGCGUAGGACCACUGCUUCUGGAAAAGACAGACGUUUCUGAGGGAAGGACAAGUUUCUCUAGCUGUAUAAUUUACACCUGUAGUUUAACCCAAAAGCUAUUUUGUUUUCUGGGUCUAAACGUGUUAUUUUUAAAGGAUUUGUGAAUAUUCUGUGAUCUCCUUGUACAAUCUCGGAUGGAAGGCACAUACGACAAACAUAUUCCCUCAGUAUCCCUUUAACAAACCUCUUUAUCAGACUGGACUCUUGCUGCAUGAUAUUUUGAAAUCUGUAAACAGUUUUUUUUUUUCUUGUUUAUUCCUCGCUCCGAGGCCACGUUGUGUUCAAUUUAUCGGUUUAGAAGCCACCUACAGGGUCGUUCCUCAGUUCCUCGGUCCCUCUGUACAUAUGGACGCGGUGCUCCGGUGCAGCCUGCCGAAGACCACUGAUCGUCAUCCAUGAUGGCAGCUCUUUCGAUUGACCUUCAGUUUUCUUAUUUUUUUUCCUCACUCUAAUGUGCACCUGAAGGAGAAAUGUAGGAUUCUAGUUUGGUUGAAUCUGAGUGUUGAGUUUCAGUCUAGGUUGUAGCCUCAGAUUUCUUGUUCUUCACUUGUUGGAGCUCAUCUAUCUCCAUGAUUCGACAUGGCAAGCUUUCUGAGAUGCUUUUCUGCUCACAGUUGUAAAGAGCGAUUAUUUGAGACACCGAACGCUUCCCAAACCAGUCCGACCAUGAUGAAUGGAUCAUAAUCAAGGCAUUCCAACCUUUGGAAACUGGACUGUCCAGUGAGUGUAUUUUUGUGCUAUUGAAACGAAUAUACAGAGAUAUGAAAUGUCCAUGAUGAUGAUGAUGAUGAUGAUGAUUGUUAUACCCCAACCAAAACAUUUAUAUUUGUUCAUUUUGUCUUUUAUUAAUAGUUUUUACGACUGCUCUCUUUAUUUUUCCCCUCCCCCCCAACGAUUUCCUCCUACUGUAUUUCCAGUUCCAACCCGAUGGAGUUCUUCUACUCCGAUCUUGUAUUAUUAGAACUCUGCACUGUUUGUAUCAUAUUUAGCAGAGGUGUUUUUUCGUGUCAUAUCCAAAGUCUUGUAUGUAUGCUUUGCGAUUUUGUGUGCCAAUAAAAUGUGCUUAGGCCUACAGGACGCUCUUAUCUUCCUUUUUUUUUUUUUUUUGCCUGUGAGUAU